AUGGUAUCUUCUACGGUUAUGUGGGAACCGGGAUCGUCUGAAGAUGAAGAAAGAGGGGAUGACUCUGCUGUGGAGGACGAGGAGAAUAAUGGUAGCUCCGAUUUGGCUGUCAGGGGAUCUGGCUUCUUCAAUUGGGUCUCGCAGGAGCUAGAUAGGAGGGCAAGUAAAGCUGGUAGCAGGACAAAACCAAAAGACAAGAAGGAGAUCAAAUUCUGCGGCCUCCAAGCCUUUACGAACCCAUACCCCUCUGGUGGUAAUCUGGCUAAAAAAAAGAAUGUUGGUAAAGACAUUAUAUAUUCUGUGGCAAAACCCGAUGAAUGUGGAGAUUUCAGCUUUGCACGACGCCCAACCUCGAAAUUUAGUACCGAUUACAAAAAAUUCAGCAGUCCCUGGGACCCUGAUCGUGGGUUUGCAACUGAACAUAUUGUCGAAGCUCAACUUAUCCACCAGUUUUCCGAAGACAUUUCAAAGUCGAUGGGCGAGAUCUUUCUAGACCCAUAUAUUUCAAAGAAUCCAACAAGGCCUGCCACCAAAUGGAUUGCUGAUCAAUACCCUGUCAACACCAUGUGGCUCGAUGAGUUUGUCUUGCUUACAGGUGGUGUUAACAAUGUAAAAUCCAGGAUGUGGAAUGAUGGAACUCUUGUCGACGAGAGAUAUAUCACAGACCCGCUGAUGGGGGACGAUUUCCUGACAAUGCCCCUUAAGGGGUCUAAGACAAUCAACGCUAUUUUGAGGUUCAAAGACGUCAUAUUUGCCUACAAAUACCACACAGAACCUGAGAUUGAGCGGAUCUUUAAGUUGCAAAUAGACCGAAUCUCGACAAUAUUUGGCAAUCUUGACGAUGAAACCAAGCAUCUCGACUUUGAGCAGAAUGCGAACGCUUUAAAAAAGAUUUUGCGCGAUUAUAAGCCGCAAGAACUUCAGAAAAAGUGGGAUAAGUGGAUCAAGGAACACACCGACAAGAGCAUAGCCAAAGUCGAGGACUUUUUCAACGAGCAUUAUCAUAAAUAUUCAGAUACACGGAAACGUUUACAAAAGGGUCUACAAGAUGCCAUCAAUGCCGCUGAAAAAGAAGAGCGAGAGAACAAGAAGAAAACGCUGAAUCAACAGCAAAAGAAAGCAGCUGAUGCAAAAAGAGAACAGCAUAAGGCUGAGAAAGAAAAGUAUGAGACGGUCAUUCAGUAUCUCAAGGAUUUGGAAGCAACGUACCUGGAAACUAUGAAGACGAAGUGGAAAAAUCCACUCAAAUGA